AUGAUUACCGAAGCAAGUGAUCCAGAGCUAGAUUGGCCAACAUUCCCAGUGAAAAUAGUUUCACAAAUUUUCAACAAAUUUGAAGAUGCUAAAUUAAAAGAAAAAGAAUUAUUCUUGUCUGCGUCAGAAUCUGAAAGCCCAGGAAAAAAAAAGAAGAAGAAAAAGGCUUAUCCUGUACAAACCGUAGAAGAUAGUGACAGUGCUUGUAGUAGUACACAUACAACUCCAAUAAAAGUGUUAAAAUCAAACCACACAGUGGACUUACAACAAAGUGGAUCUUCAAACUAUAUCGAACUGCAAAACAACCAAUUUUCCAAUCAGUUAUUGCCCAUCAACUUUAUUUCUUCAUCUAUGGACACUUUUCAGUAUGAUACUGAAUGUUAUACCGUCGAAAAAGAAUUGCCUGUGACUUUGAAUGAAUUUAACAUUCCAAGUGUGGAUCAUUCCAUGUCAAACAUACAAACAGAAAAUCAAGAAGAGUCAAUUAAUAAGUAUGAUGACAAUAUGAUGCAAAAUGUGUUUAAAAAUGUAAUUUCUAUACUUGCAUAUGUAAAACGGUUGGACAGCAAAAUAGAUUCAUUUAUUCAAACUAAUCCAAAUAUAAAAACAAAUUUAACUGCAAAUAAUGUCUUUGAAAAAAUAUUUCCAUUUAAAAACGUAGAAGCUGUGGAGGACAUGGAAAAUAAAUUAAAUCUGGAUGAAAACACUGCUGUUCAAUUGAAAAAUUUCCUGCUACAAAUCGGGGGCACAGGUCUUAAAAAUUUUAUUAAAAGGGUGUUGGAAAGAUUAUUUACUAAUCAACUAUCCACAAAAUAUUCAUGGACAGGUUUUAAAGAUAACAACGCGCUAAAAAAUUUGAAAAUUAUGAAAAUCAUGAAAGAUGUUGCCAUUAGUACUUUUUCUGAGACUGAAGCUAAUUUCGAAGCACAUACUAAAGAUUGGUUCCGUCAUGGCUCUCAAAGAUAUACCAGAGAACAACAAAAAUAA